CUCCAGUUCCUUGUUUUCUUCUACUUCAUUCUCCAAAAUGAAGAAACCCCACAAGAAAAGUAAAAAGAAGCACCGUCAUCCUCUGGCAAUGGCAAGAGCUCGCACAACUGAUGAUGUGGUACAUAGGUACCAUAAAGUUAUGAAGGCCUAUAAGAGUCAGGGGAGCAUGACUAAGGCAUUUAAAAUGGUAGGUGUGGAUCGGAACACACUGGCGCUGUCUGCUCCCCUGGCAGAAAUUGCAAUUGCAUGUCCAAAAUUCUUAAAGAGCCUUCCACCAUUUAACCUCAGAAAAGAGAAGCUUUUAGACUACUCUAAGCGUUGUGCGGAGUCAAUGACUCCAGAGGUCAGCACUAAAAUUGAAGAGCUAAAAGCUAAAGGCAAGCUUCUGCCAAUCAAGUACAAAUACAGAUAAGCCCCUUAAUAUUUAAUAGUUUAAUAAUGUUAUAGUUUUAUAUUGGGGCUAUUUUUGUUUUUUAUUUAUUCAUUUAAUUUGUUUCACAAGCAGUUCCACUAUGUUAGAAUGCACUUAAAAUGUGUUUAAGUAAUAUGUUUUGCUUAGCAAUGUAUUAAAAGCCAUUCUAUUCUAGUGUUCCAUUGUUUUAAAGCUUAAUAAUAAAGGUUUUGAAUUGUAUAAAUCUACUCAC